AAACAAAUGGAUACAUUAUAUGACUUAAUAAUAGUAGGUUUAGGUUCUCAUGGUAGCAAUUGUUUUUCACAUUUUUCAGGUAAAAUGAGGGUAUUGGGGAUAGAGUAAUAUGUUUCGCCUCAUACAAAAGGGUCUCAUAAUGGUGAGACAAGAAUUGUAAGAGAAAUGGGGUAUAGUGGAGAAUAUGUAGAAAUAGCUAGAAGAUCUGUUGAAUUAUGGAAAUAAUUAUAAGAUUCUACAAGUGAAUAAGUGUAUGUGAAUUCAGGAGGAAUAUUAUUUGGAAAUUAAACAGAUAGUUAAUUUAGAGACUAUACAUAAUACAAUAAUCCAAAUCUCUAAUAAUUAAAACAUUAAGAAGUUGAAUCUAGAUUUCCAAUAAAGACAUCUUAAGAUUAAUAAUUUUAUUUUGAUAAAUCAGCAGGAUUUGUGAAACCAGAAUUAGCAAUAUAAAUAUUUAUAAAUUAAGGUAAAGCGAAAGGAGGAGAGGUAAUAAAUAAUUGUCGUUAUGUAAAUCAUAUAUAUAAAGAUGAUGAGAUUCAUGUUUAUACAGAUUUAGGAGUAUUUAGAUCCAAAAAAUUGAUUUUAUCACUUGGAAUGGGUUUAAAGAGAUUAUAAAAUACUUAUUCAUCAUUGGAUAUUGCUUUAUAUAAACAAUAGGUGAUAUUCUUAAAGACUGAUAAUAAGAAAUUUGAUUAAUUACCAGUUUUUAUGAGUGAGAAUAAUUCAUAAGAAAUAUAUGGAUUUCCAAGAGUGAAUGGAGAAGUAAAGAUUGGAAUACAUCAUUUUGGUCCAUCUUUAGAACAUCCUGAUUUAUAUGAUCAAACAAAGAAUGAGGAAGGAACAGUCAAUAUGAUAAGAGAAUUUUUAAUUAAGUAUAUGCCAGAAUUAAAAGAUGCUAUAGUAUCUCGAAUCUAAACUUGUGUAUAUACAAGUACAAAGGAUCAUAAUUUUACAAUAGAUUUUGAUCCAAGAUCCAAAAAUACAAUAAUAUUGAGUGCAUGUUCAGGACGUAAUUGAUAUAUAUUUUAUAUAUAUUAGAUGGAUUUAAAUUUUGUAUAGUAAUGGGAGAGAUUAUUGAAGAGAUGUUUAAUACAGGACUCUAAAAAUACAAAACAUUUUAAUUGAGUAGAUUUUAGAAGCCUAAAUUUUGAAUAUUGAUAAGAAAU